AUGAAGUACUCCUUUGCUGCCGCGGCCCUCGUUGCCGUCGUCUCGGCCCAGUCCCUCUCGGAUAUCCCGUCAUGCGCCCUUCCUUGCAUCGACUCUGCCCGCACCAGCGUGACCAGCUGUGCCAUCGAUGACUACAAGUGCAUCUGUGACUCCAAGGAUGCCUUGACUGGGGCCGCUACCGGUUGUGUUCUCGAGGCGUGUGGUGCUGAGGUUGCUGCCGGCCAAGUCCUUCCCGCCGUGGAAGCUUUAUGCCAG